GGGUUUUCCAAAGGAAGUUUGGGAUUGGGACUUUAAAGGUUCGUUUUACGACAUCGUUUUUGUACGCACUAUCAGAAGCGGGCGUCAAAUAGAAAAAAUUUCCUUAAUUGUCUGUCUUUUACAAUCGGAGAAAAGCUACGAAGCUAGCGAAGAGAGAAUCCAUGUCGAACCCAAACGAACCAGCUAAGACUCUUCUUCCUUACCUGCAACGUGCCGAUGAGUUGCAGAAGCAUGAACCUCUUGUUGCUUAUUACUGUCGGCUAUACGCCAUGGAACGAGGAUUGAAGAUUCCGCAAAGCGAGAGAACUAAGACCACCAAUUCGAUUCUCAUGUCCCUCAUCAAUCAACUGGAAAAGGAUAAGAAAUCAUUGAAUCCGUCCCCAGAUGACAAUAUGCAUGUGGAGGGGUUUGCAUUAAAUGUCUUCGCAAAGGCAGACAAGCAGGAUCGUGCAGGAAGAGCAGACUUAGGCACUGCCAAAACAUUUUAUGCUGCAAGCAUCUUCUUUGAGAUUCUGAGCCAGUUUGGCCCGGUUCCUCCUGAUAUUGAACAGAAACAAAAGUAUGCUGCGUGGAAGGCUGCUGACAUAAGGAAAGCCAUUAAAGAAGGAAGGAAGCCUACUCCAGGUGAUCCUGUUGAUGAUGAUAGUGAUUUAUCCAUCCCGUCAAGCGGUCCUAGUGGCUCUUAUGAUCUUGGUGCAAGUGAUACGAACAUAACAAGUCAUCAUAGAACAGAGCCUGAUCCACCCCAUGACUCGAAUGAUGACUCUAGCCACCACCAUUUCCCUGAAGUACCGCAACAUCGUCCACCUCCCAGGUUUCAUGACAAUCCUAACAACGAUUACCCCACGGAUGUCCCACCUCCACCACCGUCUUCUUACUCUUCCAACGAUCUCCGUCCUCCUCCCACUGGACCAUCAGACUCCCCUUACCCGCAACCUUACAACCAUCAACCAUACCACCAAGACCCGCCACAACACAUGCCGCCACCACAAAACUACCCAACACAUGAGCCUUCUCCAAAUUCUCUCCCUAAUUUCCAAUCUUACCCUAGCUUUAGUGAGACCAGCCUCCCAGCCACUCCUUCCAACUACCCUUCUCACUACCAAAACCCUGAACCUUAUUAUUCUUCUCCACAUUCCGCACCUCCUCCUUCCACAAGCUUCGCCUCUGCUCCUCCUCCUCCUCCUCCUCCUUAUUCACCAUCAAACGGGCGUGUCAAUAUUGCUCCCGUGCUAGAUCCUGCACCGAGCCAAGCUCAGAAGUAUCAUUACGACAGUAGCUACCAGCCAGGGCCUGAGAAGAUUGCAGAGGCACAAAAGGCUGCUAGAUUCGCUGUGGGAGCUUUGGCUUUCGAUGAAGUCUCGACUGCCGUAGAACAUCUGAAGAAGUCACUCGAGUUGUUAACAAAUCCAUCGGCCGGUCACUGAAUUUUAUGUUUAAUUUUAUGACACUUGGUUGAUGUAUGAAUGUUUUGUGAUUUAACUUUUGAGGCUCAUACUUGGUGUACAAAUCAAACGUAUUUGUGUGAAGUCUGCUAAUUAUUUCAA